GUCAAACCAAACCAAUACAUAAAUCCGACAUAUAGACAUAAACAAAGCAAAAAUGACAGUGACUCAAGAUGAACUUUAUAACCACGAUGACAAGCAAGAUCACACAGACAUGAAAUCGGCAUCCUGUAAUGCACAAGACUGGAGAACACCUAUCCGACAUUCAGGGCGUUGGUUCAAGGACAACUAUGGAAGAACACUGUUGAUGCGCGGUAUCAAUUUGGGUGGCUCAUCAAAACUGCCAACCUAUCCUUACUCAGGAUCUACUCAUCUUUAUGACGAAAAACUCUUUUGGGAUCAUCGAGGUGUCAGUUUCGUCAAUCGGCCUUUUCCUCUAGAAGAUGCACAUGAGCACUUCUCACGUCUUCGUGCCUGGGGUUUGACUUUUAUUCGUUUGAUUGUGACCUGGGAAAGUUUGGAACACUCUGGACCUGGCAUAUACGAUGAGGCUUAUAUCGACUAUCUACGUCAAUUAAUUGAAAUGAUGCCAGCCUAUGGCCUAAAGUGUCUAAUUGAUCCUCAUCAGGACACUUGGUCUCGCUUCUCUGGAGGGUCAGGCGCUCCCGGCUGGACCUUUGAAGUAGCAGGCAUGAAUAUGCGCUCUUUCAAAGAAACGGGCGCAGCCUAUGUUCACAACACAAAUGUGGUUCCUGGCGACCCCCUUCCAAUGGUUUGGCCAACCAACUACACAAAACUGGCAGCAUGCACAAUGUUUACUUUGUUCUUCGCCGGUGACACAUUCGCACCCAAACGUCUUUAUGAAGGACAGACGAUCCAGAAACUGCUCAACACAUCGUUCAUUAAUGCCUACCAGCAUCUAGCUACCCGUCUGCUAGGUCUUGAGGCUAUCAUGGGGUUUGAAGUUAUGAAUGAGCCUCACCCUGGCUACAUCGGUCUUAAUAGUCUAAAAGAAUUUGAUCCAAUUUCAAACUUAAUUUUCGGAGAUUCCCCCACACCGCUACAGAGUUUUGCAUUGGGUUCUGGUAUCCCUCAAACUGUUGGUGUUUAUAUCAAGUCCUGGCCAUUCCCAACCAAGAGAUCACACGAUCGUGUUAUUAACGAAAGCAAGACUUCUGCGUGGAUCGACGGCCAGUCUUGUGUCUGGAAAGAGCAUAACGUGUGGGGUGUGAACAAAUCUACCGGAGAACCUGAACUAUUGGACUCGGCCUAUUUUAGCAAGCAUCCUUCUACAGGUGUCAAGGUCGAUUUCUAUAAAGACUUUUACAUGCCAUUUGUAAAUUCGUAUGCAAAGGCUAUCCAAAGCGUCAAAAGUGAUUGGUACUGCUUUGUGGAACCCCUGGCUAACGAGAAAUCACCAGUAUUGACAGAGACGGAUCACCAUCACAAUAUGGUAUUUGCUCCUCAUUGGUAUGAUCUUAAUUGUGUGUUUUAUAAAAAGUUUGAUGGAAGAAUGACCCACGAUGUACAGUCCCUCCAGAAUGGUGGCAAUGUUCUCACAUCGACAUACUUUGGUCGAAAGGGAGCCAAGAAAAACUACCGUGGUCAGAUCCGUAACAUUAGAGAAAAUGGUCUCAAGAGUAUGGGUGAAAAGCCCUGUGUACUUGGAGAAGUGGGUAUUCCAAUGGAUCUCAAUCAAAAAAUUGGAUUUGAGACGGGAGAUUAUACUAGCCAUAUCCAUUUUUUGGAUGCUGUGAUUUAUGCGCUUGAAACCAACCUGGUCAACUUCACUCUUUGGAAUUAUGAUGUCUGUAACGACCAUGAGUUUGGAGACCAUUGGAACGGAGAGAACUUUUCAUUGUAUUCUAAUGCUAUACAACCUAGCAGUGAUGCAAAGAGCUGUCCCUUAAACAUAUCGCCUUCUGCUAUCGAGACCGCGGAAAAUGAUCUGCAUGACCAACUCCAUGAAGGAGGAAGGGCGCUUGAUGCUGCUCUGCGUCCGUAUGCAUCGAAAGUAGCAGGAACACCAGAAACUUCUGAAUUUGAUAUGGACAAUCUCGAAUAUACCCUUAUCUUCAAGCCCUUUACAGAGCAUGAGAUAGAGAGACUAAAAAAGGAGGGUUACUACACCAGCAACCCUCUUUUCAAACGGACAGAGAUAUUUGUCCCCAAUCACCACUUCCGUAAUAUUCAGAUCAGCGUCCAGGUGACGCACGGUGAUUGGGAUUAUGUUCCCGAAAAACAAACACUCUACCACUUUUGCCGUGAAACCACUCACACUUCUGUUACCAUUCAAUUAAAGGCCGUCAAGGAGAAGCCUACCGAUAGUCCCUGCACAAUUAUGUAGCUUUGCGUAGAUAUUUUGAGUUUUUUUUCCCUUAUAUAUUUCAUUGAAAAACAAAUAAAUGAAUUUUAUACAU